AUGUACGAAGGGAUUGACAACCUGAAAUCCCUUUACGACCGUGCCGGGAAGACUUUCUCCGGCGGUCCUUCUGCGGCACAGGAUGUGUCGCGUCGUACCGCUCGACCAGACCCAGUACGUCAACCAUCAAUUGGGAGCGGGGCUCCCAAGAAUCCCAGGACGGGGGAUAGCCGCGCCACCGGACGAGGUAACUCGUCCGACGUCCGUUCACGUCGCGGUGGUUCAACAGCUGCUCAACUAGAUAGCGCUGGCCACCGCGAGAGUCCUCUAAUGGAGGUGGAGGAGGAGGAAAGACGCUCUCCACACGAUCAUGUGGAUCGGUGUGUUCCCGAGAGCUUCUUUGAUCGCGUAACGCAAGGGUUACGCGACGAUCUCGAGCAUGAGCGGAAUAGGCGUCUCCAAAUGGCGGACACUGCCUCGAAGCAUCGAGCUGAGUUUGCCUUUGCUCAGCUCGAGAACGAGAGAUCUCUGACAUCUCUUCGUGACGAGCUAAGGUUAGCUCGUGGGAUUGUUGAUCGGUCUCGGGCUGAGAUAACUGCUCUUCAGACCCUUGUUGAUGCCCACCAUCGGGAGCACAAGGCUCUCUGCGAGAUGCUUGAGCGCAAGGGCGUUCUUCAUCGGAAGAAGCAGCGUACUGAUGGUACGGCUUAA